UAUUAACUUUGGAGAAGAAGGCGACGGUAAACUCUGACAGAUUUUGUGGAAAUUUACAUUUGAUACAAAGUUAAUAUGGCAUAUCGUUGCUAUAAAAAGUCAUUAAUUGACGUACACGAUCUGGCCGAUAUUUAUAUUCGCUGGGUCAAUAUGAUCAUAUCUGCCCCAGGCCGAUUUUUUUUUAAAGAAAAGACUGCGAAGCGCCACUUCAACCGAACAAUAUGAUGAUAUAUCAUGAAAUGACGUCCAGUCAGCCUUAUCCAACGUUAAAAAUAUUAAUAUAAUAAUAUUGUCGGGGAAUGAUGUGCAAUUACGAAAAUAUAAAUUAUGCAGCGGAUUAAAGCGAUUAUGCUAAGGAUAAUAUAAUACAGGCUAAAGGAAAAUACAUGUAGCCUGCAAUAUGACGGUAAAUGAAGAUCAAAACGAGCAAGAAUCAGAAAUUGUCCAGUUAUUUGAACCUUCGCCAGAUUUAAAUGAACGCAAAUUAAAUGGCACUGAACCGCCAGUGGUUUGUUCACACGAAACUCCUCUCAAGUCGGAAAAUGGACUUGACAAGGACGUUAUCAAUAAAGAGGAUGUGCAGUUUAACGACAUGGACAGAGGUUGGUCCUGGGUUGUACUAUUCGCUAGCACUGGAAGCUUCAUGCUAAUCGGGUCCUGCAUGAACGGCGUCGGCAUUAUCCACGCGACUUUACUGGAGCUCCACGGGGAAAGUUUUGGGCUCACUUCAUGGGCAGGGGCUCUUCAUACAGGGCUCGCCUCUCUCGGAGCGCCCAUCUCCUCUGCAGUUCUUGACCGAUACAGUUGCAGAGCAGCUUUAGUGUAAGCUGGUGUUUGCUACGUCACAGGUUUCCUAGCAACGGCGUUUUCGCCCAGUAUCUACUGCACCAUUUUUUCGCU